GUCUCGGAGUCGGAUAGCCGCCAUCUUGUCUAGCUGCCUCUGGGCCUCGGGCCUGCUUUGGUGGACUAGCCUGCGAGGUUGUCCUGGUGCGCGGGGCCGAGCGGCGUGGAUGUCGGGGGUGCCUUCAGGCCUGUGCUGAGGACCGCUAGGCCGGCGUUCGCGGAGCCAGGUGAGGCGCUCGGGAUGGGCCGCUCCCGGUCGCGGAGUUCGUCCCACUCCAAGCGCGUCAAGAGCUCCAAGCACAACAAGAAGAACCGGAGCCGCUCGCGGUCCCGUUCUCGGGAGAAGGAGCGGGCGCGCAAGCGCUCCAAGUCCCGGGAAGGCAAGCGAAGCCGGCGGCGGGAGUCCCGCUCCAGGUCCCGCUCCAACACCGCCCCGUCCCGCCGCGACAGGGAGCGGGAACGUGACAGGGACCGAGAACGCGCCUCCUCCCCGCCGGACCGCAUCGACAUCUUCGGCCGCACCGUUAGCAAGCGCAGCAGCCUCGAUGAAAAACAGAAGCGGGAGGAGGAGGAGAAGAAAGCCGAGUUCGAGCGGCAGCGAAAAAUUCGGCAACAAGAAAUAGAAGAGAAGCUUAUUGAAGAAGAGACGGCUCGAAGAGUGGAGGAGCUUGUAGCAAAGCGAGUAGAAGAAGAACUGGAGAAACGAAAAGAUGAGAUUGAGCGGGAAGUUCUCCGCAGGGUGGAGGAGGCUAAGCGCAUCAUGGAAAAACAGUUGCUCGAAGAACUCGAGCGACAGCGACAAGCUGAACUUGCAGCACAAAAGGCUAGAGAGGAGGAAGAGCGUGCAAAGCGUGAGGAGCUAGAACGAAUACUAGAAGAGAAUAAUCGGAAAAUCGCAGAAGCACAAGCUAAAUUGGCUGAAGAACAAUUGAAAAUUGUUGAAGAACAAAGAAAAAUUCAUGAGGAGAGGAUGAAACUAGAACAAGAAAGACAACGUCAGCAAAAGGAAGAGCAAAAAAUUAUCCUAGGCAAGGGAAAGUCUAGGCCAAAACUCUCAUUCUCACUAAAGAGUCAGGAUUAAAUUUCAGCUCUGAACUCUGAUCGAAAAUGAAACAAACUUUGUAUAGUAGCUUCAUGUUGAAGUGGGUUUUUUAUUUUCUUUUGUGAGUUUUUUUUUCUUUUUGGACAUCUGAAAAGUUAGCUUGUUCUAAUAGGGGCUGUGCUCUGCAUCUCUUAUUUUAACUUCUGUUGAGUUAAAUCCUUAUCAGAUCAUUGUCUUCUUAAAUAAUCUUUUCUCAUCUGUUUUGAUUCUAUGAUAAAGUGGCUUGAUGCAGGUCAGGUCAUUUUAUGAAUUAUGUAUGGUCUGAUAAGGUUUUUAUUGACCCACUGAUCUCAGAGUUAUACUCUGGUGUUAACUAUUAAUGCUGGUUUUGCUGACCUUUUAAAGUUCGGCAAAAGUAUUGGUAAAUUCCCAAAAGUGUACUGGAUCCUCAGUGGUUUGUUAUAUUGGUGUCUUCUGAUACUAUCCAACUAUUGUGCUUGAUGUUCCUGAUACAGGUAAGGAAAACGUUGGUCAGUGUUGCUGGAGAUGUGUCAAGGGAGUUCAGUAUUGUCUCUGCUAGAAUUGCUUUUAUUCCACUGAUAAAAAUCAACCAGCAUUCCCAAUUGUGUAAAUAAACCAAUUUGACGAAUAAAGUGAAGUCUUAAAUUCA